AUGAUGCAAAACCCAUCGCUCGCCCGGAGGUCGACUGGGAAGCUUAUUCUCCUAGACCUAGACGGCACGCUCUUCGACCAUUACCAUUGUCUAAGGUGCGCCAUCUCCGCCAUCCAAGAUGAAUGGCCUCCGCUUGCCAGCCACAGCCGGGAUGCGCUUAUCGCUGUGUACGACUGUGCCCUGCAGCAAGCCUACGACAAGUACCUCAACAAGGAAAUCACAUACGAAGAAACAGACGCGCUCAAAGUCCAACUAUUCUUCUCCACCCUGGGUCUCCCCGGUCCCAUCCCCGACGAGAUUUCCAGACUCCGCAGCAUCUACAAACCCGCAUACAGGUCCAACCGGCGAGCCACCCCGGGUGCUGUGGAAACCCUAGUCCGCCUCCGAAAUUCCGGGUACAAACUGGCCAUCGUGACGAAUGGCCAAAGUGAAGACCAGACUGCAAAGGCCGAGGCUAUCGGAGUUUGCCAUCUCGUUGACGCGAUAUUCACAUCUGAGCAGGUGGGGGCUCCCAAGCCGGAUGGGCGCAUAUUCGAGAUGGCUCUUGAGGCAUUCGGGGUGACCCCGCAUGAAGCGUAUAUGGUUGGGGACUCAAUAGACUCGGAUAUUCGGGGAGGUAUGGAUGCAGGCCUUAACACGAUUCUGUACGAUCCACCAGCCCAGGACUCAGAGCGAUGUUUAUUCGGCGUGCAGGUCCCCGUCAUGCAACACAUGGGACAGCUCCUUGGGCACUUUGGUCUCCAAGGCGGGUUGACUGUUACUGGGGAGUAUACUAAUAAGUAG